AUGUCUUCGCCACUAUCACCCUCCAACAGCGCCGCAUUGAAUGUCGCAACUCCUCCUACAACCCGACGCCUCGAAAACACUGAGGUCCAAUCCUACUUUCCCACUCCCCAAUUGAACGACAACCCCCAUGACGAGAUCAUGGAGGACACGCCCAAUAGCUCCCCGUUCGUUCCCCAGACCACUGUGGAGGGAGACACCAAUACCCAGAACCAAGAGAAUGCUUCACCUUCCAAGUCACGCCACCAGCGCAUACUAUCUGGAAAUGCGCCCUCGCCUCUGAAGAUCCUCAGCGCAAGGAGCGAGACUGAUGACUCUGACACACGGUCACCCGAGAAAUCAACAUCGCCUCCCAAGAGCCCCAGAAAGCUGUUCCCCGACAAGCGAUUCCCAGUCAAGAUUCACACUGCCCCGUCACCCGAAAAGACCGCCGCACCUGGAAUGCCGGUCGCGCAAGACCACGAGAUUACCCUUGAAGACGCCAUGCGCCAGAACGAGGGACUGGCGAAAGCGAUUGAGAUAUUCGAGGACGAGGACACCAUGACGGACAACGCAGACGAGGUUGGCAAUGUCUCAUCCAUGCCUGUGGACGAGGGACACAUGGAAGAUGAAGCUGCUGGUCCUGACGACACCAUGGUCAGCACUUUCAGCGACUUCUCUGCUAUACCCAACAUGACCAUGUUCGCACAAAUUGGACACACUCCCACCCGAUUUGCGAAUGGCGGUAUGGCUCCAAACUCCGUCCGUGGUCGACCUGAGCGCUCGCCCCAGAGAACCCCCAGACCGCCCGUGAUGCACGAAUCUGGCAACACGACCAAUCUCCUGAUGGACUUCACCGAGCAGAUCCAGAACUUCUCGUCAUCCCACACCUCCCAAAUGUCGCCAAGCCGAAGAGGACGAUUCUCCCCCGACAAGCGAUACGGCAACACUAUUGCCUCUACCCCGCAGCGAGGGCAGUCCAACCUUCUCGACUUUGAUAUCCCCCCUCUCCCCACACCCAGCAGCAUUCCCACAGUCACGCCUCGUGAGCUGGAAUCUCUCAAGUCGGCCUUUCUGUCUGAGAUCAGCAGCCUCAAGGCCUCCCUCAGCGGCAAGGAAGCCGAGGUCACCUCCCUCAAGGCAGCUGUCGGAGAUGCUGAGAAGCGUGUUGGUGAAAGCUUGGAGAUGCUCCGCGAGGUUAGAGGCCACAAGGAUGCUCUGGCAGAGGAGAAGGAAAACUGGGAGCGAAGAGGCGUUGAGAUGGAGAACGUCUUGCGCAAACUCAGACAAGAGAUUGUUCUCAGCCACCGAGAACGUGAAGAGCUCGAGUCUAAGCUUGAUGAGAGCGAGAAGCGUCGCGAGGCUGCUGAGAUCAUGGCCCAAGAAGCUGAGAGCAAGAUGGCUGGCAUGCGUGCUGGUAAGGCCACUGCAGAUGCCGACAACAGCAACAAGUCACCCCAGAAGGCCAAGAACCCUGGAUCCCGGGAAGUCGAGAUUGCUGUCGAACGUGUCGCCCGCGAGCUUCAUGCACUAUACAAGAGCAAGCAUGAGACCAAGGUCACCGCACUGAAGAAGAGCUACGAGGCCCGCUGGGAGAAGAGAGUCCGAGAGCUUGAGGACAAGCUGGAGCAUUUGCUCGACGAAAACGAGAAGCUUCGACUGGGUCGUGACGCCACCAUGACCAGAGUCGACCCCAACCAGUCUGUCAUCGAUGAGGAGCGCAAGGAACAGGCCGUCAAGGACUCCACCCAGAUCAGGGAGCUGAAUGCCGAGAUGAAGAAGCUAGAGGCUGUUGUGAAGAGCGUCAAGAUUGACAACAACGAGCUACGCCAUCUCCUUGAACGCGAGCGAGUAGAGAAGGGAGAGCUAGUCCAGCUGGCGGAAGAGAUGAUGUCCAUGCAGCAGAGCUUCAUCCAGACUGAGAAGCGUCCGCUCCCUCCUACUCCAGUCCGAAAGGCUCCGGCAGCUCCGGAAACGGUCCGAAGCAGCGUCGGACGCGCCUCAGGUCUGCGAGCACCUGGCUCUGUCAAGAAGCCCAAGGACAGCAUCAGCAGAAUCGGCGGCAUUGGACACGAACGUGCCAAGCACGGUGGAUCUCAAGGUGGUCUCCCUCGCCCUGGUAGUGGCACGGGCUCGCGGAGUGGCAUUCUGAGUUCGAUCGAGAGGAUGGGCAGCUAUCGCGGACGCGCCGAGUAA